AUGGCAGCUCUACUCAACAGUACUGAUUUUUGGUACUUAGGCAUCGACGAUGUGGUAAACGCUUAUAUAAAACACAAUAGAAAAGACUUCAUCACUUAUGCAUGGCUCCAAGGAGUCGUCUUGUGCUUGAUCAGCCCUUUUAUAAUCUUCGGCAACGUCUUUGUUAUUUACGCCGUGUGGAAAGACCCAUUUAAAAACUUGCAUAGCUGGCCUUCAAACUUGAUUCUUCAAUGCAUGGCAGUCGCUGAUUUACUCGCUGGAGUCGUUCUUGCCCCCAUGCAAGUGUAUUGGUUAUUUUCGCAAGCGGUAACGCAAACUUCAGCGAUAUUUGUUGGAACGUCACUGGCACACAUUUUUCUGCUUUCCAUUGAUAGACUAUUCGCAGUGAUGAGACCUUUGAGCUACAAAUUCGUCAUGAGUCGUGGAAGAAUAUCACUGGCGAUCUCUGUGCUGUGGUUGUACUUCAUUUGUUUCGGAAUCCUAAUGUCCUGCCUUCAAAACAGUAUUUUCAUUGUAACGAUCAUUUUCAACGUGCAAAUGUUCGUUAUCUUGCAGAUAACCUUUUGUUUUUACGGCCUAAUUGUUUAUCGUCUUCGCCGCAACUACAGGGAAUGGCGUGAGCGAAUCACGCACGGUUCAGUUCGCGUCACCCACCAAGAACAAUUUGCUGACGCCGAAAGACGCUUGGGGAAAUCUAUGGCGUUUGUGAUUAGCUUCUCUUUCUUUUUUAUCACACCAUUUAUGGUCGUGUUUUUCUUAUUAUACUUCUGUAUCGAGUGUUAUUCUUAUUCUCGGAUGUUUCUUGUGGCUACAGGGGUGGAAAUCACUCUCCUUUAUUUGUAUUCUGUGGGAAAACCUUUGGUCUAUUGCUGGCGUUUCCCAAAGUUUAAGGAAAUUGCUAAACAUUAUUUUAAAAAUUAUUGUCGCUGCCGCAUUGCAGCAGAAAAGACAUAUGGGACAACCGAAACUAUCGAUACAGUUAUCUCCGCAAUUUAA